CCAGCGCCGCCAACUUUAGAGCGACCAGCGGCUGCCCGCCGGGCCCGAGCAGGCUAUGGGGGCACCCCCGGGCCGGAUCACGUAGUCACGGCGCCGCCGGACAGCCCGCGCGGCCCCGAAGCGCCCGUCCGACCCUCCCUGCGUUCUGGCCAUGGGCGACCGCGGCGCCCCCCUGUGCACGGCGCAACCCGCGGUGGCUGAGGGCGGCCCGGCCCGCGAGCCGCUGCAGCUGCUGGAGGUGUCCCCCCGCAAGAGGUUGCCCGCUGGGCCCGAGCAGGACCCAUGUGGCAGCCGCCCUGCACCCGAGGGCGCCGGGGCCGGCGCAGAGCAGGGCCACUUGGCCGGCGGAGGCAGCUGGUGCCGCCACUGCCACACGAAGCUCGCCGAGCUCAAGCGACAGGCGUGGAAGCUGGUCAGCGGGCCCGGGACACCCCUCCGGGACCCUUGCCUCUCAGCGCUGCUUCUCGACAAGCUUCCAGUGCCUGGGGCCCUUCCGGCGUUCCGCCCGGAGGCCGAGCGUCGCUGUGACGUCUGUGCCACCCACCUGAACCAACUCACACUGGAGGCCCUGCGGCUGCUACAAGCGCCUGCCAGCUGCGAGGACCUUGACACCCCUCGUGGAGGACCUGGCGUCGCGCUUCCCAGUCCCGGCACCAUGACCAGCUCAAGGGAUGUACCAGUGCCAGUGGGCCUGGCAGGGAGGCAGCCGGGCCGAGCGGGGCCAGACAGGAGGAAGGGGCUGGCCUGGCCGUCUGGGCCCAGUGUCCAGGUGUCGGUGGCACCCGCCGGCCUGGGCGGGGCCCUGAGCACGGUCACGAUCCAGGCCCAGCAGUGCCUAGAGGGCAUGUGGAGCGUCUCGAGGGUCAACAGCUUCUUGCCACCGUCGUGCCUGGCUGAAGCUGCGGUGGCCGCGGUGGCAGUGGCAGACACAGUCCGAGACGGCCCCCCCACCGUGGGCCCCGAUGGUGUGUCACAGAUGUGGGGCCGCAGUGGGGCCUGCACAGCGGCCCUGGUCACCCCGGCCCCGGGCACCCCGGCAGGAGGCUCCACGGGCCCAUCGGCCGCAGCCUCCUUCUUCGUCAGGGCCGCCCAGAAGCUCAGCCUGGCCUCCAAGCGCAAGAAGCCCCACCCUCCGCCAGCCCCUGCCACCCGUGGCACCUCCACCUACCCCACGGACUUCAGUGGGGUCCUGCAGCUGUGGCCCCCUCCCGCACCCCCCUGCUUGCUCAGGGCUGCCUCCAAGGUCAAGGAUAACCCCAGCAGUGUCGGAAAGGUGAAGGUCAUGCUGCGGGUCUGGCCGGCCCAGGGGGCUCAGCGCUCAGGCGAGUCCACGUCCUUCCUGAAGGUGGAACCACGGAAGAAGCAGGUGACCCUCUAUGACCCGGCUGCCGGGCCCCCGGGCAGCGUGGGUCCCCGACGCAGCGCCACCGCCUUGGUCCCCAGGCUGUUCACCUUUGAUGGGGUCUUCCCCCAGGACUCAGAGCAGGCCGAGGUCUGCUCCGGGACGGUGGCCGAUGUGCUCCAGUCAGUGGUCAGUGGGGCUGACGGAUGUGUGUUUUCCUUUGGCCACAUGAGCCUUGGCAAGUCUUACACCAUGAUCGGGACAGACAGCUCGCCCCAGAGCCUGGGCGUCGUGCCCUGCGCCAUCUCCUGGCUCUUCAGGCUCAUCGACGAGCGCAAGGAGAGGACAGGCACCCGCUUCUCGGUCCGCGUCUCAGCCGUGGAGGUGUGCGGCCAGGACCAGGGCCUGCGGGAUCUGCUGGCCGAGGUGGCCUCUGGCAGCCUCCAGGACGCCCAGUCUCCCGGCGUGUAUCUGCGGGAGGACCCCGUCUGUGGGGCACAGGGCCUGGUGUGCGUCAGUGCGAAGCUGAGGCUGGCUGAGCGCAGGCAGCAGAGGCUGCGGGACAUCCAGACGCGGCACGAGCUGCUCUGCGAGGAGCUGGCCGAGACACAGGGCCGGCUGAUGGUGGAGCCUGGCCGCUGGCUGGAGCAGUUCGAGGUGGACCCUGAGCUGGAGCCUGAGUCGGCCGAGUACCUGGUGGCCCUGGAACGUGCCACGGCCGCCCUGGAGCAGCAUGUGAACCUGUGCAAGGCCCACGUCAUGAUGGUCACCUGCUUUGACAUCAGUGUCACUGCCCCUGCUGCCAUCCCAGGGCCGCAGGAGGUGGACCCUCUGAGGUCCCCCUCUGCCCCCAGGGAGCACAGGCUCACGAUGCUGCUGCGGGAGUCCCUGGCCACCACCAACUGCCACACCACCAUGAUCGCCCACGUGUCGGAUGAGCCGGCCCGCCACGCCGAGACGCUCAGCACUGUGCAGCUGGCCGCCCGUGUCCACCGCCUGCGCAGGAAGAAGCUCAAGCACGCAUCCAGCUCCUCGGGCGGGGACAGCUCCUGCGAGGAAGGCCGUGCCCGCCGUCCCCCACCCCUGCGACCCUUCCACCCCCGCUCCGGGGCGCCGGACCCUGACCGCCUGGCCCCCAGCUCUCCUGGCGACCCCGACUACUCAUCCAGCAGUGAGCAGUCCUGCGACACAGUCAUCUACGUGGGGCCCGGUGGAGCCGCGCUGUCAGACCGCGAGCUCACGGACAGCGAGGGCCCACCCGACUCUGUGCCCAUCAUCCCAGCGCUGAGCUGCCCGCUCUCCCGGGGACCUCGAGAUGCUGACCACUUCCGCUGUAGCACGUUCGCGGAGCUGCAGGAGCGGCUGGACUGCAUCCACAGUACAGACGGAGCCCUGGCCGGCUCAGCCUGUGGGGGCAGGAAGCCCUGUAUGCCCGCGGCCACGGCCUCCAGGACCGUUGUGGGCGCCCCACUAGCUGCCAGCACACCUCGUGGCAGCCAUGGCCUAGAUGCCCACCCAGGCGCCCCGGAGCCCUCCAAGGCCAGCAGUGACCAGAGGGAGGACAGCAGUACCAGGGCAGAGCCGCUCGUGUUGGACAAGGCCAUGGCGGGCGGAGGCAGGAGGCCACUGCCCAGCCCAGCCCCGCCGCCGCCUGGGCAGCCGGAAGCUGGCAGAGCCCCAGAUGAGCCCAGGGGAGGGAGCACCGAGGGCGUGGUCCGGACACCCCCAGUGGGCAUGAGCGGACAGGUGGACCGCCUGCGCCCAUCCGCACGCGGCCGUCUGGAGCGGGGCCUGCUGACCACCACGGUGACCCUGCAGCACCCGGUGGAGCUGAAUGGCGAGGAUGAGCUGGUGUUCACGGUGGUGGAAGAGCUGUCCCUCGGCGGGCUCGCCGGCCCCGGGCGUCCGGCCAGCCUGGCCAGCUUCGGCAGCAACUGCUCCCUGCAGGCCCUGGCCUCGGGUUCGAGGCCCGUGAGCAUCGUCAGCAGCAUCAACGACGAGUUUGACGCAUACACCUUGCAGGCCGCCAGGGGCAGUCGUGGCUCCUCCGUCAGCUCCUGGCUUAGCGAGGUCAGCGUCUGCACGGCUGGAAGCCUCGGCCCCACACCGCAGCCGCCCUCCAGGGCCAGCCCGGACCCUUUCAGCCCCGACUCACCUGCAGGACCCGACUCUCUGGGCCCCCCUAUCCUGGACAGCCCCCUAGAGGUCCACAGCUUCGGGUUCUCAGAGCAUGGCAGACUGGACAGUCCUGGCCCCACGGCAGCAGCCCCCGCCCAACCUGGCAGGGAGCCCCAGGACGCGUCUCCACGGGGGGCAGCCCCAGCACAGACCAUCCACUCCAGCCUUCCCAGGAAACCCAGGACUACCUCCAUGGCUGGGCGCGCGGGCUGUCCUCGCCUAGCCCUGAGCCCACCUGGCCCUGGAGGCCUAUUUGAGGACCCCUGGCUGCUCCGGGCAGGUGAAUGUGGCCCACUGCAGGUGGCCUCUGCCAGCAGGGCCCCCAGCCCGGCCCCGAUGCCGGCCUGUGCCCGGAGGGUGGUGGACGGCUGUGAGGUGGCAGCCCACAGGCCAGAGGCCAUGGCUCAGAUCGCCCCGCUGCGGAGGGGGGCCACGACGCUGGGUGUGACCACGCCUGCCACCUCCUGUGGGGGUGCUCUGGCUGAGGCAGUGACCUGCUCGGGCAGCCCGAAGGCUCCCCCCAGCAGCAGAAAGAGCGUGGCUCCCAAGGGGGGCCCCUUCUCGAGGCCCGGCGGGGUGGCCCCCCCAGCCCCGCCUGUGCGUAAGUCCAGCCUGGAACACAAGUCGAGCCCCGCAACAGCACCUCUCCCAACCGGGGGGCUGCCUCGGUCCGGGGCUGCCACCCUUUUCCGGGGGGAGGAGGAGACCAGGCCCAGUGGUCGGGCUGACCACUCCGUCGCCAGGGCCACGUCCAGCCUGAAGGCCCGGGCUGGCCGGGCAGAGGCCACAUUCCGCCCGGCUGCCCAUGGGUCUCUGGAGCGGUGUGAAGGCCUGGCUCCUGGCAGCAGCAAGGCCAGGGACGCCAUUGCGAGGCCAGCCCGGGCAGUGCCCAGGUUGGGUGUGCCACCCACAAGCCCUGCGCCCGGGCCUGCUCCUGCCUGUAAGGCCAGCCCAGCCAAGGGUGUGGGGGCCCCCAAACCCCCAGCUGGUGGGGGCAAGGGCCGCAGCCCGGCCACCAGCGGGUCGAGGGCUGUGGGUGCUCCUGUGAAGCCGCUGGCCCCUGUGGCAGGCAAGACCCCUGGCGGUCCUGUGACAGGUCCCAGGGCAGCCCCACGAGUGACACCUGGCAUUGGGGCCAAGGCUAGCCGGGGCACCAUCAUGGGCACCAAGCAGGCACUCCGGGCCACCCACAGCCGAGUCAACGAGCUGGCGGCCAGCGGAGCCCCUGGCAGAGGUGGCUCCUCCUGGGGCUCGGCCGACUCAGACAGUGGCAAUGACAGCGGGGUGAACAUGGGCAGGGAGCGGCCCCCUGUGGGCCCCGCACUGCCCUCCCCAUACAGCAAGGUGACGGCCCCACGGCGGCCUCAGCGUUACAGCAGCGGCCACGGCAGCGACAACAGCAGCGUGCUGAGCGGGGAGCUCCCGCCCGCCAUGGGCCGCACCGCCUUGUUCUACCACAGCGGCGGCAGCAGCGGCUACGAAAGCAUGAUGCGCGACAGCGAGGCCACCGGCAGCGCGUCCUCCGCCCCCGACUCCAUGAGCGACAGUGGGGCUGCCUCCCCGGGCUCCCGCUCCCGAAGCCUCAAGUCCCCCAAGAAGAGGGCCACAGGUGUGCUGCUGACACCCCAGCCUGGGCUGGGCGGCGGCCUGAGCCCAUUGAUGGACCUGGAGGUCUAG